CACUGAGUUGUAGAUUUAUCCAAAAUAAUGAUAAUCCGACUGAUAAAUAGGGAGAUGCGGGUAUCAUCUUCGAAAAAACGGAGCUAAAUUUCAGGCUUUUGUUCCUCCGAAAAUAAUAAAUUUUGAGCAAUUUUUGGAGACAAAAAGUUUUUUAUGGUAAACUCACAGCAAAGGGAAAAGACUAAACCAAACUGUGACGAGGACGGUUAGAGAUGAAGAAGAUUUAGAUAGAUUUCAAACGAUUACCUUGAUAAAUUUCGACGAAAUUUUUACCGAACAAACCGUAACAAACCACUCCUUCAACCCCUUAAUUUUUAAGAUUCAACAAUUAAUUCUCCUCUCUGACUUUCAUACAUUUUAUUGUUAAUUAGACAAAAGAAUUUGGCGUUAUAUAACAUAACACGAUUAGGUUGUGUGUUCUCCUCACCUGUCUGGAGGAAAAUGUAUCGACACGGUAGGGAGAAUUUGCAUGUUAAUCGCCCCUGGGAGUUGAUUGCUUUUGUCAAGACUAUCAGACUGACUGUAAAUCGCCCUACUGUAUUUUUUGUAUACAGGCCUACAUCUGGGACCAGUGGCACGAACUCAUCGAGCCUUAUGCAACUAAAAUGCCAUAUAUGGUGGGCAUAGGGAAUCACGAGCAAGAUCAUCUUUCAGGAGGCUCUAAGGACCCAAGUGGUGCUCCGGGAGAAGGCUGGCACCCUUGGUGGGGGAACUUUGGCGAUGACUCUGGGGGAGAGUGUGGAGUGCCUAUGUACUACAGGUUUCACAUGCCUGACAACGGAAAUGCAGUAUGGUGGUACGUGUAUUGAAGUUUCCUUUCUGUUAAAUCUGUUGUCUCUCCUAUCAGACAUUAUCUGACGGAGCUAUUUCUCUCUCUACAACUUGGGGCACUAGUUGUGCAUGACUCGUAAAAUCUCAACGGUAGCACGAUAGCCCGCCCAAAGGGUCAAAAACAAAACCAUUUACCAAAACACAGAUCAAAAGGGUCAACGUAGGCCAUUCAUUCCGUCAUCCAAAACUUUUGCCUUCCUUUUUUAACGAAUGAAAAUCAUAGAAACGAAAAACAAAACCUUGAUGCGAAAGCCAAGGACGAGUUUCUCCUCCACACUAGGUUGGAGUUUGAUUAACUUUUUGUCCGGCGCCUCUGUGUUCUAGUUUUCUUUUUUCGGUAUCAUAGAGAGACUUAAACUCCUGGUCACCACUACUGUUCUGAUAUUACAGGUACAGUUAUGAUUAUGGAAGCGUUCAUUUUAUUAUGAUGAGCUCUGAACAUGAUAUCAGACCCGGAUCAAGGCAGUACACUUGGCUGGAAAAUGACUUGAAGAAAGUUGAUCGGAAUAAAACACCUUGGAUUGUGUUAGGAGGACAUCGACCGAUGUAUACAAGCCAAAAAGUAGUAGGUAAGAAAUUAAAAUGGAUAUAAUAGCACUGGUACACAUCCACAAAGAUGUUUUUACCAAGAUUUUCGAAAGGGAUUGACAGGUGGAAUUGGGCCACAAGGAGAUAAAUUUCUUUUCAAUAAUGCCUCUCACAUCUAUCCUUUGCCUUAUUAGACGACUUCAUAGUGUCACUUGGCAUGCAGUAUUAUCUGGAAAACCUUCUUCACAAAUAUCAAGUGGACCUUGCCUUUUGGGGACAUUAUCACAGCUACGAGAGAACAUGCGCAGUUUACAAGCAGAUCUGUCAAGAAGAAAAAGGACUGGGGACUACUCACGUGGUUGUGGGCUCGGCCGGGUAUGCGUUAGAUACGGAAGGUUUCUGGGAUUUCUCAUGGUCUCGCUUCAGAGAGAAUGACUUCGGAUAUGGAAGAGUCCUUGUGGCUAAUAGGUCAACAUUGUAUUUUGAGUGGGUACGAAAUAAAGACAAGAUCGUACGCGAUAAAGUUUGGUUGGUGAAACCGCACCUUCAUGAUGAGUAUAACACCGUUGCUUAUCACUUAAAAAAGAAGUUAUCAUUGUAA